AUGCCUCACUCACUAUCCACAAUGGAUCCACCUCAAAAUGAUGAUGAAAACCUCCCUGAUGCUCCGGCAGAGGCAAAUGGAGUCAAAUUGGAAGACAUGUUCGAUGACGACGAUGACGAUGAGUUCCCUGCAUCAAGCGCGCGGGACGUGAAGAUGGAGAGUUCUCCAGCUCCGGCACCAGAACCCGAGCCGGUACCCUUCCAAUCGGGCGUGGACUCGGAAGUCAUGCUCGCUUUUUAUCAGCGCCUCUUCCCAUUCCGCUAUCUUUUUCAAUGGCUGAACCAUGGAAUUGUCCCUACUCGGGAGUUUGGCAAUCGUGAAUUCGCCCUCACCCUCCAAAAUGACGCCUACCUUCGAUACCAAUCAUACCCCACUGCAGACCUCUUCCGCAAGGACAUCCUGAAGAUGAACCCAUCUCGAUUCGAAAUCGGACCCGUGUACAGCACCAAUCCUCGAGACCGGAAGACCCUCCGAGGAGGCCAGAUGAAACCAGUCUCGAAAGAACUGGUUUUCGAUAUCGACAUGACCGAUUACGAUGAUAUCCGAACAUGCUGCUCAGGCGCUAGUAUCUGUCACAAAUGUUGGGCGUUUGUCACUAUGGCGAUUAAGGUAAUUGAUGCCGCUCUCCGCGAGGAUUUCGGUUUUGAACAUAUUCUCUGGGUGUACUCUGGUCGUCGUGGUGCCCACGCCUGGGUCUGCGACCCGCGCGCCCGCAACAUGUCAGAUGAUCGACGAAGGGCAAUUGCUGGAUACCUUGAGAUUGUGAAGGGAGGAUCCUCAAGUGGCAAGAAGGUUAACGUGAAGCGACCUUUGCACCCGCACAUCACUCGCAGUCUGGACAUUCUCAAGAACCACUUUGCACAGACGACGCUCAUUGACCAAGACACUUUUACAAGCUCCGAGCAGGCGGAGAGGCUCCUUCAGCUGCUUCCGGAUAAAGGACUCAACGAUGCCCUGCGAAGGAAAUGGAACUCGUCUCCCGAUCGACCUAGUGCCAGUAAAUGGGCCGACAUUGACGCAUUGGCCAAGACCGGAAAGAGCAGCACAUUGAAAACUUCUACUCUACGUGAUGCCAAGCAGGACAUUGUGCUGGAAUAUACAUACCCACGUCUUGAUGCCGAGGUGAGCAAGAAGAUGAUUCACUUGCUGAAGAGUCCAUUUGUUAUCCACCCUGGCACUGGUCGAAUUUGUGUUCCUAUUGAUCCGAAAAAGGCCGAAGAAUUUGAUCCCCUGUCUGUCCCUACUGUGCUGGGUCUCCUUGGUGAGAUUGAUGCAUACGAUGCCAAACAUCCUCCUGGCACACAAGGCUCUGAUAUGCCUGAUGCAGAUGGCAGCGCCGUCAAUGGCUCUGACAUGAAAGGAGCUCGCAAAAUGCAGGACUAUGAGAAGACUAGUCUGAAGCCCUACAUCGAUUUCUUCCGUUCAUUUAUUGCGAGUCUGAUCAAGGAAGAGCGCGCCGGCAAGCGGGAGCGUGAAGAGGGUCCAACAGUGAAGGCUGAUCCGAUGGAGUUUUGA